CAAGUGGCGCGCCAAAUUAUAAGUUUGGCGCGAUAGUUUCAUUCAUCCGGCCGGCUGCAACACGAAUGUGUGUGCGCACUAUUAAAGUAGGCUUAUCGUAUCUUAGCUGUGCAGAUAUCCAGUUUCGACAAAUCAGAAUACAAAAUGGUCAGGACAAAGGCAGACAACUGUGCCAGAAAGGCUGUUGCAGCCAAGGCACCACGGAAAAAUUUGGGUGUGAGUAACAACACAGCAAUGAAAGCUGGCAGCUCAAUGAAGUCUCCUGCUGGCAAAAAAGGCAAGUACCGAGGAGGGAAUCCGGUCUGCCCACGACCAACGCCAGAGUGGCAGAAAGAAAUCACCAAUUUCAUGAUCAGGUCGCCAAGGAGUGCCACGAAACAAAAGGAGAACGUCGACCCAGAGGAUGGGGAGACUUCGGUAGAGGCAGGAUGCAGCAGCAAAGAGGACAGGACCGCAGUAGCACAGGAUAGCAACAAUAGUAGCAGGGUAGAAGACGACACAGUUCCAGACAUCGAGGAGACUGUGGACGACGACAAUGAAACGGACAUGGAAGCAUGCUCCUUGGGAGCAUCAUCGUCCAAAGCAAAAUUUAAAAAGAAUAAUUGCAUCAGCGACAGUGAAGACGACGAUUGAGUUUCCUUCAGAAACAUUUCCUUCUGUGUAAAGAUUUGUCCAUUCUUUCUGAUGCUAGUUAACUUUCUAAACUGAAGACCCAAUCAGCUUUCUUCUUAAAUUUACGACAGCAUUGCAACUAGGCAGACAACUUUUGGCAUUGAAACAAAAGGAUCCCUUUUUUUAGACCAGAACUGACAGGUGGUUUACAGUUGUCACUGUUUAGAAAUCAGUGUUUUUUUUUCUCAAAUCAUGUUACACAUCACAUGUACACCCAUUCUCCCACCGUAGUUGUGGGGACAUACAUUCCAUAUUUCAACUACUUUGUGGCGACCAAAAACAUGGGGACAAAAAAAAUGUCCCCACAACUCAGUCCACAUUUGGCUAACAACAGAACUUGUUGCUAUCUUGUGUUGAUGACUGGCAGACUUUUCACAGAAGUUGAAUAUGUCACAGUUCAAGUUCUUUUCAGCUAUGCAAUUAUGACUUUUGAACAAUGCACUCUCUUGAAUUGAGCAUAUUUUUGAUAUGCUAGAAUAAAUUGAUUCAAAAUACGUGUAACCUGUUGAAACAGAAAGACUAAUUCUGUUGUGGUUUGUUAGGGUAUUAGAAGUUAUGAAUUUUUUGUGUAGGUAUCUUGAAGACGACACUUUAAAUAGAUUAGCGUGAUACUUAUAUUUUUUUUUAAUGUUUCUAGAUGCAAGAAAUGCUCAGGCUUAUUGUUUACUUCCAAUUCCGAGCCUUUUGUUUAAUUUGGUUGCAAGAUAAAAGCAAAAUACCUCCAAGAGCAGGUGAGAAGUAGAGACGGAAAAUCAUAAAAAUGAUCUCUUCUUACUCACUUCAUAAUUUCAGGCCAGAAAACUCGUAUCAGUGACACAAAUUUCUGCCUCGCUGUUCCACAUGAUGUGCCUGGAGUUCUCAAUCUAAUAGUAUUGUACAUAAAUGUUACAUUGUACAGUUACGUUCAAUAAAAGAAUUGUUGGAAGAACAACAGUGGCCGAGUGAUUUUCAUUAGCUAGUUUAGACUUGGUGUCCAUGACAGCAUGUAGUGUUUUGAAAGCUGGAGGAAAAUAGGGACUUUAAAUUUAUAUUAGGCACGAGAAUGCUACUCUGAGCCUGGGUACCAAACAUACACAAAACAUUGCUGCUGACAAACUCUUGUAGUGGUUGAUAAAACCUUAUUUAAGGAAAAUUAAACUAAUCCAAGUAAGUGUGAACUACAUUUUUAUUUGUUGUAACAUUGAUUAGUCUUUCUAAAUGUAAUGCGUUUGGUAUUUCCUGAAUAAAGCCUGUAUUUAAAAAAAAUAGCAAAUUGAACAUC